AUGAGGCUUCUCAUCUAUAACUGCCGCGGUUUGGGAAGUAAGCGGGCAGUUAGAGCUUUGAGGUCGCUAUUGCGACAAACUUCCCCGCAAGUUGUUUUCUUGAUGGAAACAAAACAAACAACGUCAGAAAAUGAAGAGCCAAGAAAGGAAUUAGGCUUUAUUCAUGGCGAUAGCUGGGCAAUGGAUACCUCAAGGGGUGGCCGAGCUGGCAGGCUCAGCCUUUGGUGGGUGGAGGAGGUAAAUAUAUCGGUUAUGUAUGCCUCGUUGCACUGCAUUGAUGUGAAAGUGGUGGACCAUGGUGAUGUAGUGUGGAGGUUUACGGGUAUGUACGGCUAG